ACGUAAUUUUAAUAACUGCGCAGCAGUUGCACCGGAAGGAAGUGGGUGUUAGCUGACGGACGUUAGCAAGCUACAAUUACGAAGUCUGCUGCGUUUUCUAUGGAAGAGAUGUCAGGAGAGAGUGUUGUGAGCUCGGCAGUGCCGGCAGCUACAACCCGGACCACAUCCUUCAAGGGUUCCAGCCCCAGCUCCAAAUAUGUCAAGUUAAAUGUGGGUGGGGCACUUUACUACACUACAAUGCAAACACUAACCAAACAGGAUACAAUGCUCAAAGCCAUGUUCAGUGGCAGGAUGGAGGUCCUCACAGACAGUGAAGGUUGGAUUUUGAUUGAUCGUUGUGGGAAACAUUUUGGAACAAUCCUGAACUACCUUAGAGACGGUGCAGUGCCGCUCCCAGACAGCCGACGAGAAACAGAGGAGCUGCUUGCUGAGGCCAAGUAUUACCUUGUCCAAGGCCUAGCUGAUGAAUGCACAGCUGCCUUGCAGAACAAAGAAACGUAUGAACCCCUUUGUAAAGUGCCUCUGAUGACAUCGUCUAAGGAAGAGCAGAAGCUUAUUGCAACUUCGAAUAAGCCUACUGUCAAACUGCUGUAUAACAGAAGCAACAAUAAGUAUUCAUAUACCAGCAAUUCUGAUGACAACAUGCUGAAAAAUAUAGAGCUGUUCGACAAGCUCUCAUUGCGGUUCAACGGUCGUGUACUGUUCAUCAAAGAUGUGAUUGGAGAUGAGAUCUGUUGUUGGUCAUUUUAUGGCCAGGGUCGUAAGAUUGCUGAAGUAUGCUGCACCUCCAUUGUUUAUGCCACUGAAAAAAAGCAGACCAAGGUGGAAUUCCCUGAGGCACGGAUCUAUGAAGAGACCCUGAACAUCCUCCUGUACGAGUCCCAUGAUGGGAGGGGUCCAGACAAUGCCCUGUUGGAGGCAACAGGGGGUGCCGCAGGACGGUCCCACCAUCUGGAUGAGGAUGAGGAGCGGGAACGGAUUGAACGAGUUCGUAGGAUUCACAUCAAACGCCCCGAUGACCGCACACACCACCACCAGUGACCUUCCUCCCUCGACCCGUCAGCCUGUGUCUCUGACCCCAGACAGUCUUUGCACCACGCUCGUGCCUUACAAUACCCAGCGCCUCUCCGUCUCACUUCCACUCUUAUUUUACCAGCUUUCUCCAGGAGACUACUAUGAGACGAGUGUCAUACAACAGUGUGUAGUGGUGAAGUGAUUUUGUGUGUGUUUGUCUGUGCACUUGUCAUCUCUGUUGUGUGGUCUGACAGGCUGUAGUGUUUCCUUCUAUGUUUGUUAGUCUUAAUAACUUCUAUCACUGUUUUCUGCUGGCAUGCAGAAGCCCAUAAUCACAUAUGUUUGCGCUCAGCAGUGCAGGUGACCACAGUCUAAUCUGAGUGUAUGAAGAAGAAGAGUAUUGUCUGUAUGAAUAUGUUAUAUGGAGUUCUAACUACAUUACAUCCAGGAGAGCAAGAAUUAUAUGACUUAAGCAGCUAAAAAUUUCUGUACAUAAUUUUUGCUUCUCCUUACUGUGGCUCUGACGGGUCCAUUGUGAGGUUAUCAGUGGAUGAACCAGGUGUUAUACAUGAUGGGGCCACAUGGUGGCACUGUUUUAUUCCUAAAAGAUAUUACCAAGGCUGUUGUGAAGCCAGCAGAUAAUAGAAAUUAAACCUUUUUAAAAUUUUAACCAUUUUUGAUACACUUCACAGGUGGAAGCAACAUUUCAAAGUAGUGCUUCUGCCAUAUUUAGUUUUAACAUUUAUUCAGUUUCCCUUCACUCCACAAAAUAAUCAUUUUCUAUGGAGGGAACUUGAGCUGUGACCUGAGGUGUUAAAUGUACUUGGGUGAUUGAAUGAUGGAUGCCGAGGUUGAAGUGAAUGACUGUAACCAGAGAUCUCUCCUGGCAGGAAGGGAAUCCUGUCUACAAGCUUUUAACAGGGAGAGAAAUUAGACCUGUCCUUCAUCGCUACAUUCAUCAAAGAAUGUACUGUUUGCACACAAUAGGUUUGAGUUGAUAUGUUUAACAAUCACAGUAUUUGUAGGCCUGUUGUACAGAAGUGAACAUAUAUGUAUGUUUUAUAUUUAUACAUACUUUAUCACAAAUAAAUUUCUACAAACAUU